UGACGCCUCAACGUAAUCACGUUCCCAUGAACGCAUUGAUCGGCAAAAGAUAGCUAGCCUUUUGCCUCACACCAGAAGAAAAUGGACACGAUAGGAUUGAGGCAGUAACAAGAGAAUGAGAAUUAUCAUUGAAAUAGAUUCAUAUAGAUUUGCUGUUAUUCUUAGCUCAGUGAGUUAAAUUCACGGACAUUUUGUUUUACUAGCUACAAGAAUAAACAUUGUAACGUGAGCAAGCUUUAGCCUACUGGCUAACGUACAGGCCUACGCAGCGUUAGCAUACCACCAGUAUGUAUCCCUCCUGGGGAAAUUAUGGCGGUGGCCAUCACCAGCCGCCUCCCCAGUCACAUUUUGGUGUAAGACCGCCGCAUUUACGGGGACCGCCACCGACUGGAGGGGGAUUCGGUGGGUUUGGGGUGUCUACAACCGCCCCGGCCCAGUCCAACUUUUCCAGUCUGCGGGAGCAACAUCUUCAGCAAAUGCAACAGUUGCAGCAGCUUCACCAAAAGCAGCUUCAAUCGGUGCUGCAUCACAACAAUGGACCGUAUAACGCUCCUCCACCGGGAACUUGGCAGGGCAGCAGCCCAGGAUUUUCGAACAUGGGUCCCGGCGGUUCCAGUGCUCCUUCUCCAUCCAGUUUUCAAGAACAUCAGCCCAUGAGGGCUGCGCCGGGGGGCCCACCACAGCAACCACCUCCUCCACAGCCAGUACAGGAGGCGCAAGCCGAAGGGCAGCACCCGCCACCUGAACCGGCACCGCCGACCGUACCUCAAAACGGUUCUAGCAUGGCACCAUCACAAACAAGCAAUCAAGAGGUAGCAAUACCAAAUCAACUGGACGAGUUCAUGCAACCAGGCGAUGAGAAACCAGACUUUUCCUCGAUGUCAUUGCAGGAACAGCAACAGUACUGGUACAAACAGCACCUCCAGAAUUUACAGAGGUUGAAAAAUGAAAAGGCACAACAAAAUAAAACUCAAGGGGACAGUCAUCCACCCACUCCCAGUCUAAAUCCUGUUGCCCCACCUCCUCCAGUGGAGCCCCCUAACAAUGCCCCACCACCACCUCCUCCUACAGAAGAGCCUCCACCCCCACCACCACCUGAUGACUCUAAGCCCAGUGUCAUCUCUGCAUCGGGGGACCCUGUGGAAGCUGCGCGCCUUCAGCAAUUGCAAGCUGCAGCUGCGCAGUGGCAACAGACGCAGCAGCAGCGAGCGGGAUUCCAGUACCAGGCUCUUAUGCAGCAACACGCCCAGCUGCAACGGAUCCUGCAGCAGUACCAGCAAUUCAUUCAACAGCCUGCUCAUCUACAGACCAUGCCCCUGGACAUGCAGUUGAGGCAUUAUGAGAUGCAACACCAGCAGUUUGCCCCCGUGUACCAGGAAUGGGAUCGGCAGUUCCGCCUGUGGCAGGAGCAGUUUCAGACUUACCCGCAUAAGGACCAGCUCCAAGACUAUGAGUGCCAGUGGAAGCAGUGGCAGGAGCAGAUGAAGUCUACCUCUGCCCACCUGCAGGAGCGAGUCACCACACUCCGGGCCAUGCAGAGCCAGUAUGGCAGCACCCCCUACGGGGGAAUGAUGGGUAUGGGGCAGUACGGGCAGUAUCGCCCCCCGGUUCCAGAUGCCCAAAUGCCAUCAUCUCACGCGGCAACCCCUCAAGUUCCCCCUCUGAAGGUGGAGCCCUCCCCUCCUUCAGCACCGAUGGCACAGGCCACCCGACCCCCAAUGCCCCCAGGGCCAGGGCAACAGGGUCCUCAGGGGCCUCCCAGCUCUCAGGGUCCUCAGGGGCCUCCCGGUUCUCAGGGGCCUCAGGGGCCUGUCGGCUCUCAGGGUCCUCAGGGACCUCCCGGUUCUCAGGGGCCUCAGGGGCCUAUCGGCUCUCAGGGUCCUCAGGCACCUCACAACUCUCAUGGCCCUCAGGGGCCUCCUGGCUCUCAGGGUCCUCAGGGGCCUAUUGGCUCUCAGGGUCCUCAGGCACCUCACAACUCUCAUGGCCCUCAGGGGCCUCCUGGCUCUCAGGGUCCUCAGGGGCCUAUUGGCUCUCAGGGUCCUCAGGCACCUCACAACUCUCAUGGCCCUCAGGGGCUUCACGGCUCUCAGGGGCCUCAGGGGCUUCACGGCUCUCAGGGGCCACGGGGGCCUCACAAUUCUAAGGGUCUUCUGGGACCUUAUGGCUCUCAGGGACCUCACGGCCCUCAGGGCCCCACCACUGUUCCACGCGCACCAACUCCUGCCACCACCGAACCACAUACUACACCCUCCACAGUCCCUGGGCCUGCACCUCCCAUCACAUCUGCCCCUCAGGGGGCUUAUCCUGCCGCUGGACCCCAGUUUCGAGGGUUUAGGCCCUCAGGACCACAAUCACCCUUUGAUGGCCCGAGAGGACUGAGGUUUGAAGGACCCAGAGGAAAUGGUUUCCAAAGGUUUCAGCCGCCACCCGGGUUUAAUGCAUCGCAGCAAUUUGAGCCACGUCAGAGGUUUGAUCAGCCACCAAGAGGAAACCAGCCCACCCACUUUGGAGCUCCAGGAAGGUUUCAGCCUCCACAAAGGCCUGGUGCCCCUUCCCGUUUUGAGAGACCUCCUGGGCCCCAGCCACCUCCCAGAUUCACCCCGCCUCCUAAACCUGAUCCUGCAACAGAGAGUACGCAAUCGAUGGGAAAAGCUGCCACACCUGCAGACCCUCAGGGUAAAGACAAGCCUGAGACCCCUAAAACACAGGUAGAUGAUAAAGCACCUCCCAAAAAUAUUGCUUCCCAAGGAGUCAUGGCCGAUGACAUCCUCGAAUCAGGAAAUGGGUUUUUCAUUCAAAGCGACCCCAUUCCCCAGACCACUGUCAAGACCGAUGCACAAGACAAACCUGAAGACCAGAGCAAGGAAGUGGUUGACAAACCCGAACCCACACCAGAGGCAACUAAGACGCCUGUGUCCACCGAGCCUCCUGUCCCACAGAAACAGCCUCCAGCCAUUGGCAACAAGAACUCCUUAAACCAAGCCAAGCCACCUGUGAACAAUAGUGUUGGGCCACCUCACAAGCCCCAUCCUCCACCUGGGCUGACGGUGCCUCCGCCAAGAGCUGACAUGCCUGAGCCUCCGCCCACGUUCCAUCACCAGGACCAGAUGAGGAUUCCGCCUAUGCCUCGCGGGAGGGGACGGGGCCAGAUGCCGCCUCCCCCAGGCAGGGGUCGGGGACGGGGCUUCCCUGGGGGACCGAUGGGGCCCCCACGCGGGUUCAACUCUGGGCCUAAUCCACAGGCGGAGGGGAUGGAGUACGACUACAUGCCCCCACAUGAGGACAUGAUGCAAGGAGAGGAGGAGCCGUAUGAGUGGCAUGAUCCACCUUUAGAUGGGCCGGCUGGGAUUCAUGGGAGGAGGCCACCACCACCUCCGGAGGAUGAGAUGUGGGGUGGGGAGGAGGAGGAGCCCUACCAAGAAGAGUAUUAUGAAGAGCCUGAGAUGCAAGGCCCACCUCCUGGGCAAGUAGCCCUGGAGCCCACUGGAAGGGAGGGGCAUUGGGAGGAACCUGAGCCGGAGUACUGGGAAGAAGAGGGAGAUCCAUACUGGAGAGAGAGGAGGCCCCCAGUACGCCACGGGCCCCCAUUCGCCCACGAAGAGCACCGACGCCCUCCCCCUCCGCAUGGUUUUAGGCACCCUGGUCCUAGGAGGCCCCCAUUCCCUCACAAGGAAAUGGAGCAUGACCCGUGUGGGCCGCCCCUUCAUCACGAUGUCAUGGAACAUGAUCCCAUGGGCCCGCCCCUGCACCGUGACCACGGACCCCCUCGGGGGCCACCAUUGCAUCCAGACAUGAGGGAGAGAGACAUGAGGCGCCCGCCUCCUCCUCCGCGAGAAAUGAUGGAGAGGGACCUUAGGGGACCACCUCCUUACCGCCGUGACCCAAUGGAUGGGGACCCAGGAUGGCCCCGGCCCCCACCCCCGCCCCACGAAAGGGAGCCAAGGCGACCACCGCUUCCUCAUGAAAUCCUGGACAGGCGCAGGCCUCCCAUAGGUCAUGAUGUCAUGCGCCGUGGGCCGCCUCCCCAUGAUGGCCCGGACAGGGACAUGGAGCGAGAAAUGUAUGAGCAGGGUUAUGAGGAGGAGUUUAGGCCCGAAGAUGCGGAGUACCGGAGGCCCCCUCAUGAUUACCGACCCCGGGAUUACGAGCAGGAGGAUGAAUACUACCCCCCUCAGGGUGAAUGGGAAGGUGAGCACCGGGGCUACCCCCCGUACCCUCCACGAGGGCCCAUGGACCGUUUCAGAGACGAGCAGUGGUCUGGGGAGCGGAAGAGACUAUAUCCUUAUGAGGAUGAGCGUUGUGAGAGGGGAGAGAUGAGGGUGCGGGAGUACCCAGAUGAGCCCCAUUACCUACGAGAAGAUGCACCGUACCCACCCCCACCAGAUUGGGAGAGGCCGCUGCCAGAGAGGAGCUUCGCACCCAAUGUGGAAGAGCGAAGGCCCUCGUACGAAGCCCACACGGACCUCCCUGCAGAGCCGCCACCACCCACUGCCCCAGCACCAACCACUAACCUGACGGAAACUCCACCCCUGGACCAGGCUUCCCCUGGAACUGGGAAAGGAAUUCUGGCUCUUUCUCAAAGGCAGCAUGAGAUCAUCUUGAAAGCUGCCCAGGAGCUCAAAAUGAUCAGAGAACUCCAAGAAAAUAAAAACGCUAUGGGCGACUUCCUUAAACCCGAGACCACAGAACCGCAGCCUGAGAUCCCACCAGGUCUACUGGGAUUGGAGAUUCCUCCAGAAGUAAGGAGCGCCCUCCAGGCCACCAACCUCCUUUCUGAGGUUGGGCAGGCCCCUGCAGGUACUGUUGGAGCAUGGGAUGCGGGAGCCCCUCUUCCUGCUUCAGACUCUGGUUUCUCAAUGAUGCAAGCUUCUGCGAUGGAGGGCAAGCGGCCAGCAGCGUCUGCCCCCCCGAAGCCUACCAUCAUCCCAAAGACGGUGGACUACGGCCAUGGCCAUGACAUCGGAUCGACGGUAGAACGGAUCUCAUAUGGCGAAAGGAUCGUGUUGAGGCCUGACCCGCUUCCCUCCGAGAGGUCAUAUGAGAAAGAACCUCUUGGCCCGAGAGAUCCGUAUGAGAGAGACCCUUAUUACGACAGACGGCCGGACCCAUACAUGGACCGCCGUGACUAUGGCAGGGAGCGAGACCGAGAUCUGUACAGGGACAAGCCGCCCAUGGAUUACGAGCGAGAGCGCUAUGAGAGGGACCGCUACCUAAGAGAUGAGAGGCUGCCCCCCGGGCCCCCACCCCGCCCAGGCGUCUACAGGGAGAGGGAGAUGCGGAACAGUCGAGACCGUGAGCGAGAGGGUCGGAGCAGCCGGGAUAGGGAGGAGCACUACGGCAGGCCCGGAUUCGACCGGCCACCGUACGACCGAGGGCCUGAGCGCCCCAGUUAUGACCACGGCCCCGCACCCUACGGAAAUGACAGAAGGCCUUACCCUGAAGACCGACACCCUGUACCUGCUCCGUCAUUGCCGCCACCACCGCCCCCUGCCCCUCCAAGGGUUGAGAAGAAACCAGAGAUGAAGAACGUGGACGACAUUUUGAAAAUGCCAGGCAGAGAGAGCCGGCCAGAGAGGAUUGUUAUUAUAAUGCGGGGACUGCCAGGGAGUGGUAAAAGCCACGUGGCAAAACUGAUCCGGGACAAGGAAGUGGAGUGUGGUGGGGCACCUCCUCGAGUCCUUGGGCUUGAUGAUUACUUCAUGACGGAGAUUGAAAGGGUAGAGAAGGACCCUGAAACGGGAAAACGAGUUAAAAGCAAGGCUUUGGAAUAUGAAUACGAACCGGAGAUGGAAGAAACGUAUCGCAACAGUAUGCUGAAGACCUUUCGGAAAACUCUGGAUGAUGGGUUUUUCCCUUUCAUCAUCAUCGAUGCGAUUAAUGACCGAGUUAAAUACUUUGAUCAGUUCUGGAGUGCUGCCAAAACCAAAGGGUUUGAGGUGUACUUGGCUGAAAUCACUGCUGACAACCAGACUUGUGCAAAGAGAAAUGUCCAUGGACGGAAGAUAAAGGAUAUUGCGAAGAUGUCCAGUAACUGGGAGGCAUCUCCUCGUCACAUGGUGCGAUUGGAUAUAAGGUCCUUGCUGCAAGAUGCUGCCAUAGAGGAGGUGGAGAUGGAGGAUUUUAACCCUUCCGAGGAGGAGCAGAAGACUGAGUCAAAGGAAGGUCCAACAGAGGAGGAGGAAGGGGAUCUGGGUUACAUUCCAAAAAGCAAAUGGGAGAUGGACACUUCUGAGGCUAAACUGGACAAGCUUGACGGACUGGUGAGUGGCGGAAAGAGAAAGCGAGACGCAGACAGCGCGGCUGGCAUGGAGGACUUCCUGCAGCUCCCCGACGACUACGCCACUCGGUUGUCAGAACCAGGGAAGAAGAGGGUGCGGUGGGCGGAUCUAGAAGAGAAAAAAGACGCCGAUAGAAAGCGCGCUAUCGGUUUUGUAGUCGGCCAGACGGACUGGGAGAAAAUCACAGACGAGAGCGGACAACUUGCUCAAAGAGCCCUCAAUCGUACAAAAUAUUUCUAAGAAGAAUAUUUCGCGGAAUGGUCUGUCUCCUAAAUGAGAUACCUGAAGGUGAAAACGUAACCCCGGGCUCAUAGAAAGAGGGAAAAAAAGCUUUUGUUUAAAAUAGGUUUUAUUUCCAUCAUCGUGUUCAUGGACAACCUGCAAAGAUGAUCUUCGUCGUCUUCGGUUAUUCCCAGAUUAAGUUGUUUUAUUUCCUGCUAUGUUGAAAAUUCUUGUGCUCGUGAUCCAGCCAGCAUCCUCAACCUCUGCUAGGUGUGCUUGCAUAUUUUUUUAUACCCCAAUGUACUGUUAGCCUGUGCGCACAGUUGAUUGUUUUAACUUUAAAAGGAAACAAUAAAAGUUUCACAAGAAUCUUCCAGACACGCUCAUGUGAGUGGUCAUGUGGUUAUCA